AUGGUGUUCCUGAAGGGCUCCAAUUCCAUCUCUCGCUCGCGGAUCUCGAUCCUACCGUGCCAGUACGGCGACGACCAGCGCCCGCUGCCAGCGCAGCUGGCACCACCGGCCAAAAAUACGUGCCAUCCAGGCCGUCGCGGCGGCGCCCCGAGUAGGACCGCGCUACUUUCGCCGAUCAUGCCGGUCGCGUCCAAGGCGCUCGUGCGGGCUGCUCACACGCCGCGCGAGGGCGCGCGGCUCGGCCGUGAAAGGCGUCGGUAGGCAGCGGAGGUCCGCGCUACUUUCGCCGAUCAUGCCGGUCGCGUCCAAGACGCGCGUGCCUGCGGCUCACACGCCGCGCGAGGGCGCGCGGCUCGGCCGUGGAAGGCGUCGGUAGGCAGCGGAGGACCGCGCUACUUUCGCCGAUCAUGCCGGUCGCGUCCAAGGCGCGCGUGCCUGCGGCUCACAACCCGCGCGAGAGCGCGCGGCUCGGCCUUCGAAGGCGUUGGGAGGCAGCGGCCGAGCCCGCCUUCACCGUGACGCCGUUCAAGUGCCUACGGCGGUAGGCGGAUCACCGCACUUCUCCCCGGCGAGAUGAGGCCCUCCGCGCUAGAGGAGAGGCGGAUCAGACUAGGAGGAGCGGCGGAGGCCAUCAAGCUUGUCUCGAGUAGCCCUCGCGCGCGCGCAAUCGCGUGGCGGCGGUAGACCGAUUUUCGCCACCGAGACGAACACCGACUCAAAGGGUAGCCGUGACAACUUCGUGUGUAUAGCGGCUGAUACGCUUAUUCAUACCAAUUCUUUGCACCUGCC